AUGAUUGUGAUCGUAAAACACGUCUAUGCCCGCAAUGACUGUUGGUUUAAUGUUGAAGACCGUCUGGGUGCAAACGAGUACCUAGCUGAAAACGAAUUCACCGCCGCAGACAUCAUGAUCCUGUUUCCAUCGGAAACUAUACGAGCUUAUUUAAAAGGCAUUGGUGCACGUCGUGGCUAUCAACGUGCUAUGAAAAAAGGAGAUCCAGAGUUUACGCCAUUACUGGAUUGA